AUGGGACAUAUUGAUAGUGGUAAAACAUCAUUGGCAAAAGCACUAAGUACAAAUUUAUCAACCGCAUCUCUAGACAAAUCACCAGAAAGUCGAAUGAGAGGUAUUACAUUAGAUUUAGGAUUUUCAUCAUUUCAACUUAAUAGAGAACUUUUAAAUAAUGCCAUUGGAAAUGACGAAAGUAGUAGUUGGGGUAAUAAAAUAGAUAAUAAUCAAAAUAUUCAGAUUACAUUAGUAGAUUGUCCAGGUCAUGCAUCAUUAAUUAGAACCAUCAUAGGUGGAUCACAAAUUAUUGAUAUGAUGUUUUUAGUAAUCGAUAUAAACAAAGGUAUUCAAACCCAAACUGCAGAGUGUAUUGUAAUUGGCGAAAUAACAUGUAAAAAAGGGAUUAUUAUAUUAAACAAGAUUGAUCAAAUACCAAUUGAAAAUAGAAAUGAAAAAAUAGAAUCAGUAUCAGGUAAAUUAAGAAAAGCAUUAGAAAAAACCUGUUUUAAAGAAUCACCAAUAGUACCAUUUUCAGCAAACCCAAGUGAUAAUAAUAAUAAUAAUAAUAAUAGUGAUAAUAACGACGAUAACAAUAUAGCCAAACCAAUUGGAUUAAAUGAAUUAUAUAAAGAAUUAAAUAAAUAUUUAGUCGUACCAAAAAGAGAGGAAAAAGGUGAUUUAUUAUUCGAAUUUGACCAUUGUUUUCAAAUUAAGGGUCAAGGAUCAGUAUUAACAGGUACAAUAUUAAGAGGCACCAUCGAAGUGAAUCAAACUAUUCAAAUUCCUCAAUUAAAUUUAGAAAAAAAGGUUAAAUCAAUGCAAAUGUUUCAUAAACCAAUUAAAAAGGCAAUUCAAGGUGAUCGUGUAGGUGUUUGUGUAACCCAAUUAGAUUCAAAGCUAUUAGAAAGAGGAUUGGUAUGUUCAAACAACUCAAUACCUUCACUAUCCUCAGCACUUAUUUCAAUUGAAAAGGUCAGAUUUUAUAAAAGUGAAGUACACACAAAAUCAAAAUUUCAUAUUACUAUUGGCCAUUCAACUGUAAUUGCAAGCUUAACUUAUUUCUCAGCAAUUGUACCAAAUAGCAAUAAUGGUAGUGGUGAUAAUAAUAACAGUACAUUCAACUACUCCAACGAAUAUAUUUAUCAAGAUACUUUAAAUGCAACCUCACCAGAAUUCCCAGUGGGCUCACAAUUUGCUUUGAUUAAGUUUGACCAUCCAAUCCUAUGUCCUCUUAAUAGCGUUAUUAUAGGUUCGAAAUUAGAUGUCUCCACUGAUUCAACUGGUUGUAGAAUAGCUUUUCAUGGCACUCUAAUUGAGGGUGUUGAUGACAAAUCUCCAAAUUCAAAACAAUCUUUAUCAAAAUUAAAAAUUUACAAAACCAAAUCGAAACAGGGCCAAGUCGAAAGAGUUCAUAACCAAGAUACACUUAUUGGUAAAAAUUUAUUUAAAAAAGAUUCCGAUAUGACUAGUUUUAUUGGUAUGAAGGUGGUAUUCGAAACUGGCGAAACUGGUAUCAUAGAAUCGUCAUUUGGCAAAGGUGGCAAAACUAAAAUACAACUUUUAAACAAUGUUGCUGCUGAAUCUAUUAAAAUAGGUUCAAAUUUCACUUUAACUUUCAAAAGAUUUAUUUUUGAUCAAACUAAAAGUAAUAAGCAAUAAAAAAUAAUAAAAUAAAUUGUAAAAUAACAAAUAUUUUUUUAAAUUAU